UAAUGCUCUUUCUUUCACUCUUUCUCCCUAUCCAAGAUUCUCUGUUUGCUUUCUUGCAUGCAAUUCCUUCUCUCUUCUUUUUUGGUGCAGUUCGUGGGUUUUAAAUGCCAAUUUCAGUUCUUAAUAAUUUUUAAUCAAUUUCAGUUCCCUGCUUUAUCUAUCUUUUGCUUUCUCUCGUCUUCUUGCUCCCUUUUAACGCUAGUUUUUGUGUCUUUUUGAAGGGCGAUUUGAUUCAAUAUACAGUUCAAGAUUCGACCGAUGACAUCCAUCACUCAAGAGCAUUUUUCUUGCUGAAUCAUGAAGCAAUGGAGAAGGAUUUUAAGGUCUUUGUGUACCCAGGUGGAAACCCAGGAACAUGUUAUCACUCAACAAAUAACACGCUCAAGAGCAGUCAUGCAAGUGAACAUUACUUCUUCAUGAAUCUGAGAGAUAGUCCGUUUUUGACUAAAAAUCCUCAAGAGGCUCAUCUCUUCUUUAUUCCCAUUUCUUGUCUGCCAUUGAGUGACGAGGAACCUUUACCUGGUUAUAGGGAGAGGGUUAUCAAGAGAUACGUCAAGGGCUUAAUUUCCACAUACCCUUACUGGAAUAGGACUUUAGGUGCUGAUCACUUUUUUGUCAGUUGCCAUAACAUUGGCAGCACGGCUACUAAAGAAAUUCCGUUUCUCCUGAAGAAUGCAAUUCGACUUGUGUGUUCACCAAGUUAUGAUUCCUCCUAUAUUCCACAGAAAGAUGUUGCCCUCCCACAAAUACUGGAGCUCUCUCUACCUCCUGAUGGAGAUGACAUGUGGAACAGGUCAACUGUGGAAUCUCGCCCUCUCCUGCUGUCCCAAGAGAUGAUAAACCCUCCCAGAUCAUGGAAAUGCAGAUUGCAGGAAGAGAAAAGCUUGAAUAUAUUAUGGGCAAAACACAACCACCACAAGAUACUGAUGCUGGUUAUUCAAGAUGGUAUGCAGAAAAUCAAAAAGUUAAAGGAUGGCUGCUAACGUCUAUGUCACCAGACAUCAUGAAAAGAUACAUCCGACUACGCACUGCACGAGAAAUUUGGAAUGCCUUGUCUAAAGCCUUCUACGAUGGAUCAGACAAAUCACAACUCUUUUCACUUAACCAGAAAGCCUUCUCCACAAAACAGAUGGGCUGACCACUGUCAACAUAUUAUGAUGAUCUUAUGGAAAUCUUCCAAGAACUGGAUCAUCGCGACAGAACUGAAAUGAAAGACCCGGAUGAUGUUAUUACUUACAGAAGAUCUGUUGAAAGAUUACGGGUUAAUAUUUUCUUGAAUGGAUUGGAUGCAGAAUUUGAACAAAUCCAAGGGGAAAUUCUUAGAAAAGAUCCGGUACUGGAUCUUGAAGAAGCUCAUGCUUAUGUACGCCGUGAUGUUGUUCGCAGAGCUACUUUAAACAGUGAAGCUGGAGCUGGUCAUGUUGAAUCAUCUGCAAUGAUGGCACGAAGAGGUAAGCCAAGAAUAUACCGAUCAAAUGGCCCUACCAUUGAAAAAAUUCGGACAUCAGAAACUCAGAACAGUAGCUAUGAAAUUGGAAAGGCAAAAUCAGAAUAUGUUUGCACACACUGUGGUGAGACUGGACAUACAAAGAUGAAAUGCUAUGAACUAAUUGGGUAUCCAGAAUGGUGGGAUCCUACUAAAGCACCUCGUAAAUGAAACUCAAAACCAAAUACUCAUGCUUUAGUUGCAGUGGCAGAACAUCCUUCAAUCAAAACAAUGACCAGUCUCACGACUAAGGAAGAAUCUGUGGCAGAACAUCAACUUCCUUCAACACACACAAAGGAAAAAUCUGGUAAAGUCUUUCAUACCUCCACUCUUAGUAGUAGAAAUGAAUGGAUAAUUGAUUCCGGAGCUACUGACCAUAUGACAUUUGACAAAUUGUGGCUUCAAUCUUUUAAACCAUAAGAACAAUAUAUUAUAUCAUCAGCAAAUGGUACCUCAUCGUCUGUUAAUGGGGAAGGUUUUGUCAUCCUUACUGAAAAUAUAAGUCUUGACUCUGUAUUAGUUGUUCCAACUCUUAAUUAUAAUUUACUUUCAAUUGCUCAAAUAACUCUUGCUCUGCAAUGCAUUGUUAUUUUU